AUGACGCUCGAGACGGCAUGCCCGCCAGAGGUCGAGCUGGAGGAUGGCUACCGCCUUAUCAUCAAACGACCUUGGAGGCCUAUUUUCCAUGAUGGAGGGCAAUCAAAGAUUUUCCGUGUCCCCGAUCGAUUGAGUUUCUUUUCUCCCGGCCCGCCCCCCCUACACCAGGCAUUGGAGGAGGCUAAAACAGUUAUCUUUCUGAUGUGGUUUCUGUGUUGUUCCAGUAUCAUACUAGGAGUCCCUUUCUUCACUCUGUUAUAUCCUGGAGAGAUCGAUUGGAAUAUCAUAGUGGCAUGGCUUGGAUUCAAUUGUGUGGUAAUUCUUUCGGCUUGGGCCAUCACAUGUUACGAUGGUCUCUUUGGCGGUUCGGAUGCAACUAGAAGUCCUGGAGAAGACAUGGGAUCUGACCAUGUCCAUGAUCAAGUUUUGGGCUGA